ACUACAACUACAACUAAUGCUUUGUUAUAGUUCGUUUAUUUACAUUUUUUCUAAGAAACGAAGACUACCGAUUUUACCGAUUCUCUCAGGCGUGUCGUAUCAGUCUCGAUGUUCUGUUCAAGAUGAAGUGUUCUACUCUUAAGUGCUCGACUGCAACAAGAUGAAAGGAUGGACGAGACAUCACUCAAAACGAUGAAGCAACCAGAUUGAUGGAUAAGUCAUUUGCUGCUGCAGGAAGUCAGACCGUCCAUCGGCGGUUAUCUCAGAGGGUGGACGAGAAGAAAAGCUCAACCGAUUCUUCUUCACAGAAAUCAGGAUUGCUACAAGCUAUCUCAAAAUGGAACAUCCCUACCAAGAGAGAAGAUACUUUAAUAGAGAAGUUGGUGGAAAACUAUCUGGGCACCCUGUAUACGCCCUAUCCGUCUGUUCGAAAACAGUUAUUGGAAGAAUGUCGAAGCAUGGCGGGAGAAGGGGAAUAUUUCGAAUCUGAUUACCUACGUCCAGUCUCAACCCUCCUCAAAACACUCCGCAGGGAUUACGAACGAAGUCUUCCACCAUCCCUGUACAAGAGACGCCUCUUGAAGAAUCGCCGGAGACGACCCUCUGGAUGGCCUCUGUGUUCACGCGGCUGCUUGAUCAUCCAUGUCCAUGACCCUGACCCANCUAAUUGA